CGCGACGUUCCCAAAGGAAUCCCCGCUGAUUCUUUAUCCUAUGUGCAGGCAUUUACUGUACCAAACAAAGUCAUGUAAAGGGAUCGACUAAGAAGCCUAGAAGGCGUAGAGCUCGAGCAGAGCCUCGGCACAGCGGUGACGCCUGGAAUGCAAUAGGUAUAUAAAACUCACCACCGGCGGACCUUGCCCCGCGCAUCAUCCCAUUGAACAUACUAUGCACAUACUGCUGGUGAAUGAUGACGGACCCCCUUCGGAACAAGCCCCGUACCUCCUGCCAUUCAUAAACACUGUCGAAUCUGCGGGUCAUCUACUCUCGGUCGUUCUUCCCUCAUCACAACAAUCUGGAGCCGGGAAAUCACAUUCUAUCAGUGAGGAGGUAACUGCAACUCCAGUUUGGCUUAAACGGGAAGACACAAUUUACGCGCAACUUCAUCCGUGGUUUUUUCUUGAUGCAACGCCUGCUUCAUGUGUCCAGAUUGCGCUUGGUCAUCUCCUGAAAGACAGACCAGAAGUCGACUUGGUCCUAUGUGGACCUAACCUGGGCUGUAGUGUUAGCGCUUUGUAUGCGCUAUCUUGUGGAAUCCUGGGAGCAGCAUCAGAAGCUACGCUUUGCGGAUACAGAUCAAUCGCUCUAGCUCUAUCUCUUCCUAGAGAUCCCGGCAACUUGGAGGAAACAUUGGAAAUGUGCAAACAUGCCGUUCAGGUCAUCGAACGUCUAUACGAGGACGCCGAUUGGGAAACCAAUAUCAUGUACUCGGUCAACAUUCCUAGCUUGGUCGGUCUAGCAAGAGAAAUUGCUUGGACGAGCAUUUACAACAACUCUUGGCAAAAACCACAAAGCUUCGAAGAGUUGGAACCAGUCGCGAAGAAGGAAAAGUACGAAGAUACGACGGAUGAUCGAGUAGGAGAUUCUGUUGAUGCAGAAAGAACAUUCAAGUGGGUUUCGAGGCUCGACGUCGUUGUUGAGGAAAACAAGGAUGCGCCCGAGGGCACUGACGCUUGGGCGAUACAUCAAGGGAAAACAUCAAUUACAAAGAUCAAUGCGAAUUAUAUGUAUAUGACGGGCAUGUGAUGACCGAUAGGACAGUGCGUAUUUAAUCAAACACAACCAUCAUAACCCAAACU